AUGGUUCUAGUCGGCUAUGCAUCAUCGUCUGAUGAAGAAAAGGAAGAAAUUGAUACAGAUAGGCCUCCCGCAUCGCCCAGCUCCCGCGAUGACCUGUUCACGAUACCUUUAAAACGAAAACAGUGUGAAUCGCUAUCCAAUUUGCCACCAUUACCGUCCAAAUUCCAUGACCUCUACGCUUCUGCAGCUAAACUGAGUCAAAAGGAUGAUCCUAGUCUUCACGGCGGUCGAAAGAGACAGACCCCACAUGUUGUAGGAAACUGGCCGACUCACGUAUACAUCGAGUGGUUCCCAACAGAAAGUGAAUCUAAAUUAAUAAACAGAUUGCUUCAAACCCUCAAAGAUUACAACAGAACAGACGAACAAGCUUUCCAGCUGCACUCCCUCUUGACUAGCGAUUUGGGGGUGCCUUUACCACUACACAUUAGCUUAUCGCGAUCGAUACAUAUAACAACAGUUCAACGGUCACCAUUUUUCGACUCUCUUAAGCGGCUUUUAAACUCUUCGGAAGUUCGACCUUUCGAAGUCAAAUUCACCCUUUUAGAAUGGGUCGCAAAUUCAGACGCAACUCGAUGGUUUCUUGUCCUGCGAGUCUUGGAGCCGGAACAAAACGAACUCAACAAGCUACUUCACAUAAGUAAUAUGGUCGUCCAGGAUUACGGCAAUCCUUGUCUCUACACGGCUUCCACGAGCGCUUGUGACGAUGGCGCAUUUAACAAUAGCAGAGCUCUCAAAGAUACCGAUUCCUUCAACAGUAUGAAUAGGACUAAGGUUCAAAAUGCCUCAGCCGCAUUUCACGUGAGUGUGGCUUGGGCUCUUCAACCACCAAGCGAACGUGUUGUCAAUUUUACCAAACAACUCUCAGCCAACUUCAUAAGUACCUUGACUGAUGUAAUUAUUCCAUGCCACAGUAUCAAGGUUAAGACGGGGAAUAUUGUUCAAACCAUUUCUUUGAAGCUGGGCUACAUUCGGGAAAAUAUUCAAUCCAGAAAUUGA